UGCCACCUGUCAGUGCUCAUCAGUGCCAUGUGCCAGUGCCCAUCAGUGCCUUUCAAUGUCACCCAUCAGUGCCAGUCAGUGCCACCUAUCAAUGCCAAUCAGUGUCACCUAUCAGUGACAGUCAGUGUCGCCUAUCAGUGCGCAUCAGUGCCAGUCAGUGCCGCCUAUCAGUGCCAGUCAGUGCUGCCUAUCAGUGCCAUAUAUCAGUGUCAUGUAUCAGUGUCAUGUAUCAGUGCUGCCUUUCAGUGCCCAUCAGUGAUGCCUGUCAAUGCCCAUCAGUGCAACCUACUAGUGCCUCCUCAUCAGUGCCACCUAUCA